AUGAGGAAGUGGACGAUCCCUUCCGCUUUGCUUCUACUAUGCCUUCUUUCUCUCAUUUCAGAUCAAGGUCAGAAGUUACACGCAAAAGCAGAGGAUGAUUCUGAUUCCCUCGUAGAUCCUCCAAAAGUAGAGGAGAAACUCGGUGCCGUUCCAAAUGGAUUAUCAACCGAUUCUGAUGUCGUUAAGAGGGAAUCGGAGUCGAUUUCGAAGAGAACACUUCGAAAUACUGCUGAGAAAUUUCAGUUCCAAGCUGAGGUGUCUCGGCUUAUGGAUAUUAUUAUCAAUUCUCUUUACAGUAACAAAGAUAUUUUCCUUAGAGAGCUGAUUUCCAAUGCAUCUGAUGCGCUUGAUAAAAUCAGAUUCCUUUCGCUCACGGAUAAAGAAGUUUUGGGCGAAGGCGAAAAUGCCAAGCUCGAUAUUCAGAUUAAGUUGGAUAAGGAAAAUAAAAUUCUUUCGAUUCGUGAUAGAGGUAUAGGUAUGACUAAGGAGGAUUUGAUCAAGAAUUUGGGUACCAUAGCUAAGUCAGGAACCUCAGCAUUUGUGGAGAAAAUGCAGACAAGUGGGGACCUAAAUUUGAUUGGGCAGUUUGGAGUUGGGUUCUACUCUGUAUAUCUUGUUGCUGACUAUGUUGAAGUCAUCAGCAAGCAUAAUGAUGACAUACAGUACGUAUGGGAAUCAAAGGCUGAUGGAGCAUUUGCAAUCUCCGAGGAUACCUGGAACGAACCUCUGGGACGUGGAACUGAGAUUAGAUUGCAUCUCAGGGAGGAAGCUGGAGAGUACUUGGAGGAGAGUAAAUUGAAAGAUUUGGUGAAGAAAUAUUCUGAAUUCAUCAAUUUCCCAAUAUAUUUGUGGGCAAGUAAAGAGGUUGAUGUGGAGGUUCCUGCUGACGAAGAUGAGUCUAGUGAUGAAGAUGAAACAUCUGAAAGCAGCUCUUCUGAUGAAGAAAGCGAAUCCGAGAAAAGUGAAGAUGAGGAUUCAGAGGAUAAACCAAAAACCAAAAAAAUUAAGGAGACUACUUAUGAGUGGGAACUUUUGAAUGAUGUUAAGGCUAUAUGGUUGAGAAAUCCAAAGGAGGUGACAGAGGAAGAGUACACAAAAUUCUACCACUCUCUAGCAAAGGAUUUUGGUGAUGAGAAGCCACUGGCAUGGAGUCACUUUACUGCAGAAGGUGAUGUUGAAUUCAAGGCUGUUUUGUAUGUUCCACCAAAGGCUCCCCAUGAUCUAUAUGAGAGCUAUUACAAUGCUAAUAAAGCCAACCUGAAGUUAUAUGUUAGACGAGUUUUCAUCUCAGAUGAAUUUGACGAGCUUCUGCCAAAAUAUCUGAACUUUUUGAUGGGUCUCGUUGAUUCUGACACUUUACCACUCAAUGUUUCACGAGAAAUGCUUCAACAACACAGCAGCUUAAAAACAAUCAAGAAGAAACUUAUCAGGAAGGCACUUGAUAUGAUCCGUAAAAUUGCUGAUGAGGAUCCUGAUGAGGCAAAUGACAAAGACAAGAAAGAUGUCGAGAAUUCCAGUGAUGAUGAGAAGAGAGGUAAAUAUGCAAAAUUCUGGAAUGAGUUUGGCAAGUCUAUCAAACUUGGUAUCAUUGAGGAUUCAGUUAACAGAAAUCGCUUGGCAAAACUUCUCAGAUUUGAAACCACAUUGUCAGAUGGAAAAUUGACAUCACUUGAUCAGUACAUCUCGAGAAUGAAAUCUAAGCAAAGUGAUAUCUUCUACAUAACUGGACCGAACAAGGAGCAGCUGGAAAAAUCUCCUUUCCUUGAGAGGCUUAAGAAGAAGGGUUAUGAGGUUAUUUUCUUCACAGAUCCAGUUGAUGAAUAUUUGAUGCAAUAUUUGAUGGAUUAUCAAGACAAGAAAUUCCAGAAUGUUUCCAAGGAGGGACUGAAACUUGGAAAAGACUCAAAAGCUAAGGAGCUAAAGGAUUCAUUCAAGGAUCUCACCAAGUGGUGGAAGAGUACUCUUGCCAGUGAGAACGUUGAUGAUGUCAAAAUUAGCAAUCGUUUGGCUGACACCCCUUGUGUGGUUGUGACAUCAAAAUAUGGAUGGAGUGCAAAUAUGGAAAGGAUAAUGCAGGCUCAAACUUUGUCAGAUGCUAACAAGCAAGGAUAUAUGCGUGGCAAGAGGGUGCUUGAGAUUAACCCAAGGCAUCCAAUCAUCAAGGAACUCCGUGAGAGAGUUGUGACGGACCCUGAGGAUGAUAAUGUAAAGCAAACUGCCCAACUCAUGUACCAAACGGCUCUCAUGGAUAGUGGCUUCUUACCCAGUGAUCCCAAAGAUUUUGCUUCUCGUAUUUAUAGCUCUGUGAAAUCUAGCCUAAGCAUCAGUCCUGAUGCUGCUAUUGAAGAGGAAGAUGAUGUAGAAGAAUCUGAAGUUGAAACUGAAACAAAAGAAACCACUUCUAACACCGAAGCUGAAUCCGCUAGAGAUGAUGAGGAUACAGAACCCUCUGCUGACAAGGAUGAGUUGUAG